UCCAGAAGGCUGCCUGGGCAUAAGAUCUACUGAGAAGGGAAACCACCGCCUUCCGCCUCCCGCCACCACCUUCAUCGGGGGCCAGCCCAGAGGGUGACCAGGACCUGCAGCGGGCAGUGAGCCUCGGGCUUCCAGAAGCAUCACCUGUCACUCAUCUUUGCAGGAGGGGACACACCCAGGGGCCCGAUGUCUCUGCUGCCGUGUGAAGCCCCAGCCUGGAACUGUGAAGGAUAAUCGCUGAGCCCCUGGAAGAUCUGAGACCCCAAUGACUCAAGAAAAGGAAGCCAGGGGCCAUGAAGUACAAGCCGGGGGCCUUGAAGAAAUACAAGUUGCCCCCAGGCUGUGGACCACCCACCGAGACGGAGAGGUCGUGCUCAGGCUGUCAAAGCAACAUGCAGGCCAGGAGACCCCAAUGACCAUCCCAGAACUUUUCCAAGAGUCAGUCAAGCGAUUCAGUGGGCACCCAGCGCUCGCGUGGAAGGGCAGGCGGAAAUGGAACACGCUGAGCUUUGCCCAGUACUACACAGCCUGCCGGACGGCCGGGAGGGCCCUGCUCAAGCUGGGCUUGCAGCGUUUCCACGGCGUGGGGAUCCUGGGCUCCAACUCCAAGGAGUGGCUCAUAGCGGCUGUGGGCGCCAUCAUGGCGGGGGGCCUCUGUGUGGGCAUUUAUUCCACCAGCUCUGCCGAUGCCUGUCAGUACGUCAUCGCUCAUGCCAAGGUGAACAUCUUGGUGGCUGAGAAUGAUCAACAGCUGCGGAAAAUCCUUUCGAUCCCACACCACAGGCUGGAGCCCCUGAAGGCCAUCGUGCUGUACAGUUCGGACACGAGGCACGGCACCAACAACCUGUACUCGUGGGAUGAGUUCAUGGAACUUGGCAACAGCGUACCUGACGCCCAGCUGGAUCAAAUCAUCAAGAGCCAGAAGGCGAAUCAGUGUGCGGUGCUCAUCUACACUUCGGGGACUGUGGGCGACCCCAUGGGCGUGAUGCUGAGUCACGACAAUAUCACGUGGACCACCAGGGCGGUGGUACAGGACCUGGGGCUCGCCACCACCUCGGGGAAGCAGGAGCGGGUCCUCAGCUACCUGCCGCUAAGUCACAUCGCCACGCAGAUGAUAGACAUCUGGAUCCCCCUGAGGAUUGGGGCGCUCACAUACUUCGCACAGCCGGAUGCGCUCAGGGGCACCUUGAUAAGCACUCUGAAGGAGGUAAAGCCAACCACCUUCCUUGGGGUGCCCCGGAUUUGGGAGAAGUUCCAGGAGACCAUAGAGGGCAGUGUUAGCAGGUUCUCCAGCUUUAAGAAGAAGAUGUUCCACUGGGCCGAAAGGGUUGGAUUAAAGACGCACUUGAGGCAGAUGCUGGGGAAAACCGACCUCUCCAUGAACUACCACAUGGCUAAGAAACUCGUGUUCAACAAGGUCCGGAGCUCCCUGGGCCUGGAUCACUGCCACUCUUUCCUGAGCGGGGCCGCGCCCCUCUCCGAGGCCACCCUGGAGUUCUUCCUGAACUUGGAUGUCCCCAUCAGCGAGAGCUACGGCCUGAGCGAGAGCUCGGGACCCCAUACCAUCUCCAGCUGGCGGGACUACAAGGUCCUCAGCUGCGGCAAGCCGCUGAGUGGCUGCAAGAGCCUGCUGCUGGGCGACGGCCAGGACAGCCCCGGGGAGGUGUGCAUGUGGGGCCGGCACGUCUUCAUGGGCUACCUGGAAAGGGAAGACGCCACCAAGGAGAUGGUGGACGAGGCCGGCUGGCUUCACUCCGGGGACCUGGGCCACGUGGAUGGCCAGGGUUUCCUCUACAUCACCGGCCGCAUCAAAGAGCUCCUCAUCACGGCCGGCGGGGAGAACGUGGCGCCCGUUCGCAUCGAGGCCCUGGUGAAGAAGACACUGCCCAUCGUCAGCAAUGCCAUUCUGGUGGGCGACAGGGCCACGUUCCUGUGCGUGCUCCUGACACUGAAGUGCGAGACCAAUCCGACAAAUGGGGAGCCUCUGGACCAGCUGACCUCGCAAGCCAUAGACUUCUGCAAGGCCCUGGGAAGCCAGGCAUCCACCGUGUCAGAGAUUGUGCGCUCACAGGACCCACUUGUCUACGCCGCCAUCCAGCGAGGUAUAGAUACCGUGAACAAGGAGGCCACCUCCAAUGCUGAGAGGAUCCGCAAAUGGGCCAUCCUGGAGAAGGACUUCUCCAUCAGAGGUGGAGAACUCGGUGGCUCGCGUGAUUUCUCCGGGAGGCGCCCAUCUGACAGUCACCAUGGAGGGAACUCGGCUGACAGUUUACACAGGGUCAGUUCCCUCAGGGCUCCCUCAGCGUGGUCGCCGUGGGGUCUGGGGUGCGGGGCCUGUCACCCCCAGAUCUCCACGCGAUGACCUGAGUUUCUCCUCUCCCUGUUCCCCAGGGGCAAGCCCGCGGUCACAGCUGGGGUCCAGCGCUCGGGGACGGGGUCCCCUCCCCAGGGAGCAUCGGGAGAUGACUCCCCAUUGGCUGCCGCACUUUAACACAGUGAGACCCCCACCUUUCCACAGAGCGUCUCCUGGGGCUGCAGAGCGGCCCACUCCAGACACCUACCGACCGCAGCUGGACUCAUUUAUUUUCUGUCCACAGAGGACCUGAGACAUUAAAAAGAAACAGCCCUCACAAAAGUGAAGAGCCGGACCCCCAAACUUCCUCGCCUGCCUGGAAGCUUCGUGGGAAACCCAAUAAGUUCUGUGCACACGGCACCCUGCGCCUCUUGUCUUUUUUACUAGUUAGUACCUCUAUGCGUGGUGCAUUUUUUUUUUUAUUUAAUGUCUCGCUAUACGGUUGUGGCUGGUCUUGAACUCCAGGCGGGCUCCCUGCCUCAGCCUCCUGAAUGCUGAGAUUGCGGGUGUGCACCACCCACGCCCAGAGCUCCCGUGUGCAGGACCGCACGUUCACACUCCUGGAGUGAGCUGGUACACGUGCACAGGCAUUCUGCUUCCUUCUCUUGGCCACUCUUCCUCCAUCUCUUGGUCUCCUUCCUUUUAAGAAGGAUCCAUUUCCUAUUAUCGAAGUUGUAUUUUGCUCUUUUAUAUCUUGAGUUUCUUGUGCAGAGAAAGCAUGUGACGUCUCGGCUUGCACAUCUGGCUUAGUUCGCUUCACGUUAGGCUCUGGAGGUCCCGAUUUUUCUAAAGUGAUUCGGGCGUGCCCUUUUUCGUGGCAGAUUAGUACUUCGCAGGGUGUAAACAGACUUCCCGCAGCCACUCCCUUCCAGCUAGACACAGACACUGUUCCGUGCAGUCUGAUGGGAAAGGUGACAGCUUUGAAGUCACUUAUGGAUUCAAAUCCCAGCCAC